AUGCAGCGUCUGGGUACCCUGCUGGCCCUGGGCGGCGGGUGGUCCCCGCCGGAGCCCAACGAAGCGGCCUUCGUCCCCUCCGCCGAAGACGUGUUGCGCAUUACCGCCAUCCACGACCCGCCGUACCUCAUCAUCACCCGGCAGUCGGACGGCUCGUAUGAGUACAGCGGCUACCUGCACGACCUGUGGGAGAUCAUAGCGCGCGAGCUGGACCUCCGCUACCGAACUGUGCCACUCCUGGACGGAGGGUACGGCAGUGUGGACCAGAACGGCACCUGGAGCGGCCUGGUGGGCGAGCUGGCCUACGGACGCGCCGACCUGGCCCUCACCUGGGUACACUUCCGGCAGGAUCGCGCCUCUGUGGUCGACUACAUCGACGCCGUGCCCGUGGACCAGGAUCAGUACACGUUCUAUUUAGCCAAGGGCACUGCGGCAGCCCCGCAACUGUCGCCGGCUAUGUUCAGCUCGCUGCUGCAGCCGCUACACUGGCAUGUCUGGUGGACGGUGGCGGCUUCUCUGCUAGUGAUCUCGGCGGCGCUGCGUCUGGCCUACCGCCACGACCCGUGCCCCCGUCGCCGAGCGUGA